UAAAACAGUUCGGAAGCUUUAACAUGAGAUGGGGUUCUCUGGGUGGUGAGAUCCGGAAGACGACUUGAAAACUGAUACAAGGCUGGUUGCAACGGAAGAUUGACGGUACCGCAAACCAUCAUACCUCAAAACCAGCAUUGAUGUGCUCGAGCGCAUGGCAACACAGAUUGGCGAAUCCAGUUGCGAAUGGAACUGUGGCGUCAGUGCACGUGAAGAGUGGGGACGUUUCAUGUGUAUGACAUCUGCAAGAACUGGUGAUAAUUAUGCACACUACUGUUUUCGUGCGAAAGGAGGUCUGACUCGUGCAAGUGUGGCUCGGGCUUUUGUGAGUGUGCCACCUCGGCGGACAGCCGUCGGCUUUCCGCUCACGUUGACGCCCGUCGCGUGACGCUGCGUCCACGCCUGAACGCCCGCCGCACUGCGUGUCGACCUGUCCGUCCUGUUCGAAACGUUCGUGAGCACCCGUGAAUAUUUGGUGACGAAACCGGAAAUCAUAUUCGCGCUGCACCGUUUCCAAGUCUAGGACAACAAACGUGGGGAGCUGUUAUAACUCCAACAAAAUCAACGUCAAGGCCGCAGAGCUCAGCACGUUCCGAGCUGAUCGCCGUCCUCGGCAUCACAUCGGACCGGAAGCAGCAGGCACCCCUCUCAUGAUGGCGGAUCACGUCACGGCAUGAGCCUCCGUUGCCUUUCCAGUUGACCCAAGACCAGCUGGAUAUCCAGGCAUGUCUGAGGGGGAUGCCGACCAGGGCGCUCGUCUGACCGGCACGCCCGAAGCGGAGAGGAUGGUGGUCAGCGCGUCCAGCGAGGCCCAGCCGCCGACGACCAGGACUGCGCCGCCCGCCAGUCCCGGCCAGUGUUCCUCCAGCACAAGCGGCGAUGCGACGGAGCUGGCCGUGCAAGAGGAUGCCACCAGUGGCAGCUCCGUCGUCAGGGGCCUGUUGAGCUGUUCCAGCUGUAACGUGCUCCUGCGACACGGGGAGUGCACGCCGAAGCUGCUCACCGGGUGUCUGCACACCGUGUGUGCCCCGUGUGCGCAGCAGUGCAGUUCUGCGGGAUUCCAGUGCCAAUUAUGUAUGACUUCGUCGCCGUCGCUGCUGGACCACCCGCUGGUGGAGGAGCUGCUUCAGCGGCAGCACGAGGAGCAGCGGAGCCGGCUUUGCGGCCAGUGCGCAGAGCGCGGCGGACAGGCAGCCGCUUCCGGCACGUGCACCGAAUGCAGCACUGACCUCUGCAACGUCUGCAUUCAGGCUCACAGAGUUACCAAGCCAACGUGGGGACACAACAUCGAUGUGUGCCAGGAUAGCUGUGCGCAACAGCAGUGUUCAAGUCACUACAAGACUUUUGACAACUACUGUGACACGUGCAACACGUUGGGGUGCGGGGAGUGCAUCCUCUCGGCGCAUCGCUCCCACCAGUCGUGCACGCUGCUUGCCAAAGAUGCAGAGGUGAAGGAGACGCUGAAGACCCGCCUGGCUGGCAUGAGGGAGCUUCGAAGUACCCUUGAAAAGCGAAGGGCGAGCCUGCAGGAGAGAGUGGCGGAGGCAGAGACGGAGAUGUUGGCGGCGCUGGAUCGUAUCACAGCCCUGUGCAAGCAGCAGCAGGAGAUCUUAAAGGGCUACUUCUCGAGACAGUUGGAGGUAGCUCAGUUGAAGUAUAACGUGUACAAGCGCGAGCUGCUGGGUCACCUGAACAACGUGACACUCAUGGAGAUGAGGCUGGCGCACCUCGACAGCUUCGCCCAGCAGCUGAUGGAGAACGGUCGGCCGCUGACGCUAAUCAACAACUCAAGACAUGUCAUCGGGAUAACUAAACGACUUAAAAGUGUGGAUAUGAACCCCAAGAUGGAAAACAAACUUCCUAAGCUGCAAAUGCGUCGGGUCGUGCCAUUUGACAGGAUUGGUGACAUGAUGUGCUCGUGCUCGUAUGUGCUCUUCGACGGGGCGUUCUGCAUCCAGCCGGUGGAGAAGUCCGCGUUUUGCAAGGCCCUCCUGGACGUCACGCACCACGUCCUGACGCAGGAACUCAACAUGGGCUCCGACUUCGGCUUCAGCUUCCUCAGGCUGCUGUUCCAGACCAUCUGCAAUCUGGAACCAAUUCGACCGGAGCUGUUGAAGAUGAUAAACGUCCUGCACACCAGGACGACUCUGCGCGCGCGGGGCGAGCCUGAUGCGGGCCGGGGGCCGACGCCCAGCACGCCGGCUCUGCAGCACCAGCCGGGGGCCGCCGCUGCGCUCUCGGGGACCUCCCAGGAGGAGGAGCAGGAGCUCUCGCUGGACAAGGAGUUCCGGGUACCGCUGGGCAGAAAACGGAUGCUCUCCGACGAUGAGGACGAGGAGAACGACGCCGAAGCGGCCCAGCGACGAGCCGACUUUGGCGACGGCCGCUACCGAUAG